CUCAACUCUUUUCAAAACCUAACAAUUAAACUCAUUCGAGUUAUUUUUAAAUGAUUUUAUAGUUACAUCGCCAGAGUUGAAAGAGACUUUCAAGUUUGAGUUACAUCAGGAACAAGGUUAGAAAUCGAAUAGCGAUCAGUUCGUGAAUUAUUGUCUAAUAGAGUAUACAGAUUUGGUGAUCAAUGUAGACAUCGAGUUUAUUUUAUAUUUUUUUUCAUAAUAUGAAAACACGUUGUGGUCUUUGGUUCAAAUUUGCACUAGUCAGAUAUUUUUUGAUUUAUGAAUUAUUUAAUUUAAUUUUUAAUUAAAUUUAAUUUUUGAAAGAGGACACCCCUUUAAAAAUUUCCUGAACACCGGAACCGACCAGAAGCAGAAAUCAUGAAAGGGGGCGGCAGCUCGUCAUCUCCAUCGCCGGUGAUCGUAGCCAGCAACAAGCUGUACAGCAACACCAAACCUCCUUUCAGGCCUGCCCAAGACGACUCCAAGCCUCCUCUGCAAGACCCAAUUCUCCGAUCUGACCCCAUCGAGACGGAGGAGCCAGUGCUGCGAUUGCCACCCACAAGACUUCCCCACCUUCCAAAUCCAAAGCCCUGACCCUAAACUCCACAGUCUAAUGGAUCAGUAGUAGAGAUAUAUCCCUUUUUCAACUUUCUGUUAGUUUCCCAGUUUGCGUUGGAAAUGUAGCAGUUAUUUGCUGUCGAAAGAUGGUUCCUUUAUCCUGUUAUGGAAGAAAUCACGAGAGACCCUGUAACAUUUGAACUAUCAACAAGAAACAAUACAAACUUGGUGCUGCAAUAACCUUCCAUUCUCCUGUUGUUGGUUCGAUUAAUUAAGUUCUAACUCCACGUCCUGAAGGUGUUUGAUGAAAUGCCCUUGUGUGCUUGGUAAGGCUAAAGUGCUGUGCUGAAAGGGAAGGAGAAGGAAGCUUCUUGCCUGAUUAAUAAUAGCAAAAGUUCUACUUUCUCGGAGCUGGAUGCUAUAUUAGAAGGUUGGUUCUGUGAAAGGAAUUUUCUGCCUUCGGUUGUAUAGUGUAUACAAAUGCAGCUACUGAUCCUGAUUUAAACAACAGACGAAAGCUAGGUCCCAAGUAAGAAAAGAAUCCAUGCCAG